AUGUCGGUUGAAUACGCCAUGAUGGCCCCUCAGGAGGCCACUCGCCAGGACAAGCGCGUGAACUCGGCCCUCAACUUUACCCUUCUCAUCGUUGCUCUCAUCAUCUCCGUCGUUGCCGUCAGCCUGGCCGGUGUCGCUACGAGCGAGAUCGAGAGCGCCAAUGGCCGCAUUGACACCCUGUUUCAUCAAGCUGCCGUCGCCACCUCUUCCACCACCCGCACCGUUGGCAUCAACUCGGUCAUCACUGGCCACCCUGCCUGCGCUGAUGAUUUUGAAGCGUGCUUCAAUCUGAUUGAUGCCACCACCAAGUUCGUCACCAACAACCUCACCAUGGACAACUUGACCGAUCUUGCUACCCCAAAGGUCAAGACCGCUCUCCUUGACGCGGAUGGCAACAUUCUCGGCAAGUCUGAGGGUGCUGCCGACAUUUCGCUGCCCGAGUCCACCGACGACUGCUUUCUCCUCCGUCACAGCAUCUGCUACAUGCACAAAGAGGGCAAGCUCGCCACCUUCACCGUCGUUGACUUUGUCAACGACAACAGCGUUCAGAUGCGCCGCCGCAACUUUGCCUCUGGCUUCAAGCAGGGUGCCGAGACGGGCGCAGCAGGUGCCUCGUUUGGCGGUGAAGUUGGUGGGCCGGUUGGCGCUGCGAUUGGUGGCGGCAUUGGCUUUGCGGUUGGCUACUAUGACGGCUAUUAA